AUGGAAUUAGGAAUACAUACCGACACAUUUUCUGAGACCGUCCACAGAAGCAGCAGUUCGACACAGGAGGAAGUGAAGGUAGAGAUUGAUGUCGAAGCUAUGAACAGGGAGGAUAUCAAUCCAACAUUGGCAAAGGUCGAUUUUGCAGACCCUUUUACACCAGUUGAUCACGAUGAUAACAUUAUCGAUUUCGAUGGUCCGGACGACCUCGACUUCACGACGAUGGGUGGCACUUGGACAAGCACCAUAUACAACUCUGGAACGGAGCAAGUGGAAGCUCGAUUUGGCGUUAGCAGUGAAGUAGCGAUAUUGGGUCUGACUUUCUACUUACUGGGAAAUGCAUUCGGUCCCUUACUCUUCGCACCGCUCUCGGAAGCCCACGGCCGGAAGAUUUCUGUCCUGAUACCCUACUUCUUCUGCGCAAUUUUCUCAUUCGGUAGCGCAGUAGCAAAAGACACACAGACGCUGCUCAUUACACGGUUCUUUGCUGGUGUUGGCGGAUCGGCCCCUCUCAGCAAUGUUGGAGUGGUACUCGCAGAUAUUUGGCCACCACAGCAUCGAGGUGCAGCACUUCUCUCUUAUGGAAUUGCAGUCAUUUCAGGCCCUCUCAUAGCUCCCAUUGUAGGAGGUGCACUCGUUGUCAAUAUGGAACAUGAAGGGUGGCGUUGGGCGGAAUACGUCUCCGGUAUUCUGAUACUCGUUAUCCUGACGGCUGAUAUUUUCUUCAUCGACGAGAGCUUCCCACCCGUCUUGCUCAGUCGAAAGGCUAGCAGAAUGCGCAAGUUGACUGGAAACUGGGCCCUCCAUACCAAACACCAAGAAACCGAUAACAGCCUUCAGGAUUGGAUGAAAAAAUAUAUGGUUGUACCUCUGGAAAUGCUGGUUGACCCAAUCUGCUUCUUCAUAAACCUAUAUGCAGCAUUCGUCUAUGCGAUCAUCUACCUUACAAUUCCGGUCUUUCCCAUAGAGUUCCAAGAGGUACGAGGCUGGAAUGCUGUCGUUGGAUCCCUCCCAUUCCUGGCCUUAUUAGUCGGAGUGUUUUUCGGGGCAGCCAUCUUGAUCUGGGGCUGGAUAGCCUUCUGCAUUGGCAGCGCAUGUAUUGGUAUUGGGUUUUUCACCAUCUUCCAGAGUUCCAUCAGUUACCUAGUCGAUACAUACCUCAUGCAGGCAGCCAGUGCUCUGGCUGCAAAUAUGCUACUGCGCAGUGUGCUGGCCGGAGCGUUUCCACUGUUUGCCGAUACCAUGCUCACCAACCUUGGCAUUGGCUGGGCCUGCAGUGUGCUAGGCUUUAUCGCGGCAGGCAUGAUACCAAUUCCAUUCUUGUUUUAUAUCUUUGGCAAGAGAAUACGCGCCUGGGGGAAACGUUCUGCACAGUCUCUGUGA